AUUUUUAUUUCAUCAUGCAGUUUGAUGUGUUAAUCAAAUAAUUUCAAAAAUUGUAAUAUCAUUUUAAGUGAAAGAUGACGAGUGUAUCAGCGAAAUAUUUGAAACUGAUCCAGAAUGGCUUGGAUGUUAAUUGGCAUGAAAGUGUUACCGAAGAGAUUAAAAAUGAAAGUAUUGAUGGUUUUAUGGGUAUGUUAAAAAAAAUACGCAUCCAAGAGAAAAGUGGUUUGGAGCAUAGACUAAUACUAAAAGUAGCCCCUGGAGAUCCGGCUUUAAGGAUCGUAAGACCAAUCACUCUAGUUUUUAAUAGGGAAUAUGAAACUUACAGCAAAAUAUUACCAGAAUUGGCAAACUUCCAAGCCCAACAUAAGAUAUCUGCACCAUUCACUGCUUUUCCUCAAUUUUAUGGAGGAUCCACUCAUGAAGGAAAAGAAACCAUUUUAAUGGAGGAUCUUACUUUCAAGGGGUUUAAAUGUCAUGAGAAAUAUGAUGAUGGCAUGGAUUUCAAUCAUAUGUCCUUAAUGUUUAAGGAAUAUGCUAAGCUACAUGCUGCUUCCUUAGCCUUAGGAUAUAAAGACCCUGACAAGUUUAAAAAGCUCACGUCCAGUAUAGAGGAAAAUAUCAUUCGAAAAGUAGAAAACGAGGACCCUAAGACUUUUAAGAUUUUAGAGCAAAUAGUAAUAGACAUGGGAAAAAGGGUUGUAAAUGGUAACAAAAAUGCUGAUUUAGCUCAAAAGAAGUAUAGCGAAAUAUUUCCAGAAUUCUGGAAAACAUUUCUCGAAAAUUCUAUGGAGCAGAUUUUUGUGAUUAGUCAUGGAGAUUGUCAUCCGAAUAACAUGUUUUUUCUCUAUAAAGAUUGCGCAAAAGUCAAUCCUCAGAAAAUGUGUCUCAUAGACUGGCAACUUUCUGCAAAAGAAACUCCGAUACACGAUCUGAGUUUUGCUCUGUUUAGUAGUGCCUCUAAAGAAGCGCUUAGUCGGUGUGACGAUCUUUUUAGAAUUUACCAUAAGAGUUUGAGUCAAAAUUUGAGGGAAUUUGAGUGUGACCCGGAACAAAUAUUCAGCUACAAAGAUUUCCAAAAACACUGGAAAAGACAUUUUCUCUAUGGACUAUACAGAGGCCAGAUGACUUUAAAGUUGAUCCUAAUGACCCUAGCCCAAAAAGAAAAAGCAGCAAAAUAUAAGUCUUUGUUGGAUUUAAUGGCAGACGAUUCCCUUUCAAGUCCUAAAUUUAUUCAACGAAUGCAAGAUCUUUUUGAAAUCCUCGCAGAAAAUUGGCUUAAAAACUAACCAGAAAAAAAAAACGUUUAAAUUAUUUUGUGCAGGCUUAUUUGCGUGCCCACACCUUUCGGGUACUUAAGCCUUAAAGAAAACCCCUUUUAAGCGAAAACCAGUUUAACGAGGGGUCAAAGUUGACUAAAAAUCCCACCCGUUUCCCACGGGUCGGUCACCCCUCGUGCCAUUCAAAUUUUCUCGUUUUAUUUAUUUUUUUCUUAUUGAAGUUCUCCCUCUGGAAGUUUGGCCAACGUCGUCGUAACUACGUUGGUAUUUAAAGGUUUCAAAGAACAAGUAGAGGUAUUAUUUUUGGCGAGGGCCUCCCUCUCCCUCCCUUGUACGGGAUUACUGCGUCGGCAUUUGUUUGCCGAUGAUAAAUUGUAGAGGGGAACUCAGCGUGGGACUUUUCGAAAGGUGGUGAUGUUACGCCCGCUUUGAUUUUCGAAAUUAUAGUCCUGGACGAGUCGAGGGAGAGGAUUUUUCUUUUUUGUUCUUUGUUUAAUCUGGAGCGAUCUCAAGGUAAUAAUUGGGAUUGUAUGGAGGUAAUAUACCUGGCGUUCUAGUUGCUUCCCAAAAAGUGAUCCAUGGUAUUAAAAAAUAAAUCGAACGUUUUUAAAACAUGUCUAAAGUUCGAGAUAACAGGGUAUUAGGAAUGUAAUUUUUUUGUAAUUUUUUUGUUUGUUUUAGUUUGUAGAAGUAUUUUGGUUCCAAAAUAAUAUAAAAAAAACAAUAUUUAACAAUAGGAUUAUAAUAGAAAUGAAAAUAUUUAUUUACGAAAUAGAAAAAAAAAAUCAGAAAUACGUUGUAAUUUUUUGCUACUAAUUUUGUUGAAGAAUUAAAAAUAAUUUUUUUA